GCAGAAGCUAGCUACAAGCUCCUUUAUCAUGAUACCUUGCCCAUUGUACAACCGCUUCUUGUCUGAUGAAAAACAAGAGAAAUAGAGCUUAAAAACGAGUAGCACUAGCUUUGCUACAGAGUAUAGCCCUAAAAAUAUUUGAUUUAUAGAAGAUUGACAGCUAAAAGGAUAGGUUUUAAAUGCACACCAACAACCGCCUUUAACCCUUUCUUUCUUUCUUUCUUAUACCUUGCAGCGCUAGCGCUAGCACUAGCACAUUCUUACUUGUAAUUCCUCUCCUCUCAAGUAAAACACAAAACCCCAUUUGUUUGUUCUCUUUCUUCUCUCUCUGUCAAGUCAAACUCUCUCUAACUCCAGCUUGAGCUUGCUUGCUUGUUUUUUCAAUUCUGCGUUGUCAAGUAUGAAUAAACAGGAGGUUAUGAAGAUGCAGCAGACUCAUAUUUUGAAAGUGAACAUAGAGUGUCACUGUGAUGGAUGCAAGAAGAAAAUAAAGAAACUGCUUCAAAAGAUUGAGGGGGUGUAUACAACCACGGUAAAUGCAGAGCAAGGGAAGGUAACUGUGACAGGAAAUGUAGAUCCGGCCAAACUCGUUAAAAAGCUCGAGAAGUCGGGGAAACAUGCAGAGUUAUGGGGAGGUCAAAAGGGCUCAAACAACUUCCAAAACCUUAAUAAUCAAUUCAAGAACAUGCAAAUGGGCGGUGGCGGUGGCAAAGAUAACAAGUCUGGGAAGGGUGGAAAAGGUCAACAAGGACAGCAAGUACAGAUGAUGCAACAACAGCUGAAAGGGUCUAAGGAUCCAAAGAUGCCUCAAAAUAAAGACCAGAAGUCUGUUAAGUUCAAUCUGAAUGAGGAUGAUUUUGAUGCAAGUGAUGAUGAAUUUGAUGACGAGUUUGAUGAAUUUGAUGAUGAGUUCGAUGAUGAGUUCGAUGAUGACGAGGAAGAGUUUGGCCAUGGCCAUGGCCAUGGCCUGCCUAACAAGAUGAUGCCUAUGAUGGGUAAUGGUCAUGGACCUAAUGGUAUGCCAAACAAGAUGAUGCCUAUGAUGGGUAAUGGCCAGGGACCUAAUGGUAUGCCAAACAACAAGAUGAUGCCUAUUAUGGGUAAUGGCCAGGGACCUAAUGGUAUGCCAAACAACAAGAUGAUGCCUAUGAUGGGUAAUGGCCAUGGGCCUAAUGGUAUGCCAAACAAGAUGAUGCCGAUGAUGGGUAAUGGUCAUGGAAUGCCAAACAAUAUGAUGCCGAUGAUGGGCAAUGGCCAUGGGCCUCAUGGUAUGCCAAACAAUAUGAUGCCCAUGAUGGGCAAUGGCCACGGGCCUCAUGGUAUGCCAAACAAAAUGAUGCCCAUGAUGGGCAAUGGCCAUGGGCCUCAUGGUAUGAUGAGUGGACCUGGGUUUAAUGAUAAAAAGGGUGGCGGGGGUGGGGGAGGGGGCGGGGGUGGUGGUGGAGGAAAGGGCAAGAAAGGUGGUGGCGGUGGUGAUGAUGUUUUUGAGAUACCUGUGGUAAUGAAGGGCAAGGGAGACAACAAAGAUGGCAAGGAUGGUAAAGGAGGAAAGAAAGGUGGAGGUGGUGAUGACAAGAACGGUAAAAGCAAGGGGGAGAACAAGAAACAAGAUGGUAAAGACAAAAAAGAUAGUAAAAGAGGUGGUGGGUUCCUGGGCUUCGGUAAGAAGAGUAAAAAAGAAGACGAUAGUAGUACUAAGAAGACUGCUACCAAUAAUGGCAGUGCAGGUGUACAUGGAAACAAUAAUGGCAAUGGGGCCAAGAAAGGUGCAGGCAAAAAUGGCGGGGUCCAUGAUAUUAACAAGAUGAAACAAGGGUUCCCUGAAAUUGAUGGAGCAGGUAAUGGUGGUCACAAGAAUAUGGUCCAUAUGGGACAGAUGGGUCCAAUGGGUCACAUGGGUCCAAUGGGCCCGAUGGGCAAUUAUGCUAGGAUGGGUAAUGUUCCAACAGUGCAAGGACUGCCGGCACCAGGAGCAAUGAACGGUGGCUAUUAUCAAGGGAUGGGGGUGGGGCAGGGGCAGGGGCAAGGGAAUCCUUAUAAUCAGCAAUACAUGGCAAUGAUGAUGAAUCAACAAAGGCAGCAGCAAGGGAAUGAAAUGUUUCAACCGAUGAUGUAUGCGCGCCCACAGCCGGCCGUUAACUACAUGCCGGCCCCCAUGCCGCCUUCUAUGGCGACCGAUCAGUACACGCACUUCUUCAGCGAUGAGAACACCGAAAGUUGCAGAAUAAUGUGAAUGUGAAGUUGCUGAGAGUAGUUAGCUAAAUCAAGUCCUUGUUUUGUUUUGAUGGGGUUAGAUGUUCUUCUCGUUGUGAUGGGUGCUAAGGUUUCAAAAUAUCAAAUAUGCCUAUGUGACUUAAAGAUAGGGGCCGAUUCUUUAUUUCACUCCUUGUGAUAUAUUAUCCUUCAAACUCCUUCGAUUUUUACACCAGUUAUUUCAACUUGAUCUAUGGGCCUAAUUUAUGUAAAUUUUUGAAGAA